GUGUUUCUGAAGCCUUAUUGGCCCCGCGACGCCUGCCUGCAAUGCAGCAGCGCUCAGCCCCGUUAGCCCUCUCAGCCUCGUGCAGCAACGAUGGAUCGUAGCACUGCAACCAGCUUGACAGCGGCCUGGCUGCUGCGGCAGUCUACGAUCACACGAAGCCCCAUCGAUCAGUUUACUUCAUCUCCGCCGCAGACUUCACAUCAUGGACGGUCUUUCGGGCGCAGCAAGCGUCAUCGCGGUGAUUGACGUAUCCGCCAAAAUUAUCUCGCUGUGCCUCCAGUACUCUAAAGCCGUCAAAGAUGCCAAAGAUGAUAUCGAGCGUGUACAGAGAAAGGUUAGCGAUAUCACCCACAUCCUAGAGCAGAUCAAGCAGCUCCUCGACAGCCAGGACAAGACGCGGCUCUCUACCACUCAGGGCCUCUUUAGCUCGCUCGCAAAAUGCCUAAAGGAGCUAGAAAACCUGCAAGUGGAGCUAGAACCAGGAAAGGGCCGCAAGACUAUGAGUCGGAUCGGCUUCCGUGCGCUCAAAUGGCCGUUCACGAGCAAGCACGUUGACAAGAUCGUUUCGAGCUUGGAGGGAUACGAACAGAGCUUUAGCUUAGCGCUACAGGUUGACCAGACAACUGUCGUGUUGAGCAUAGACCAGAAACUAGAUCUAGCCAAACUACCCAUCGCCCAAGGCGCAUCCUAUGACUCGCAUACGGAGGAACACAACGCGCGAUGCCUACCGAACACCCGUACUGCACUGCUGCAAGACAUAACAAACUGGGCACAAGAUAAGGAUGGCAAGUCUAUAUUCUGGCUUAGCGGCAUGGCUGGCACAGGGAAGUCUACGAUUGCGCGGACAAUCGCAGAGUCAUUUGCCAGCCACGGUCAGCUGGGAGCAAGCUUCUUCUUCAAGAGAGGUGAAGGUGAGCGCGGCAACGCCUCACGGUUCUUUACUACUAUCGCCACUGAUUUAGUCGCCUGCGAGCCAGGCAUAGUGCCCGGCAUUAGGAAGACGCUCAACAAGGACUCGGCCAUCUCAUAUAAAGCUCUAAAAGACCAAUUCGAGAAACUCAUCUUGCAGCCACUUCUAGAGAUUAAACAGACUCGUUCGCAGGCUUUAGUGCGAGUUAUUGUAAUUGACGCGCUCGACGAAUGUGAACAAGAAGCGGACAUUAGGGCGAUCCUCCAGCUCCUCGCUCAGACAAAAGAUAUUCGCCCAGUGCCGCUACGGAUCGUGGUCACUAGUCGGCCGGAGCUCCACAUCCGCUUAGGCUUCAAGGAGAUGGCGAACGGCACAUACCAAGACUUAGUCCUCCACGAAGUACCAAAGAGCACCAUUGAGCAUGACAUUCGUCUGUUCUUAGAGCACGAGCUUGGUACGAUACGAAAAGAACGCAUGCUAGCUCCAGAUUGGCCAGCGCAACAGCAGAUCCUCGCGCUGGUUGAGCUGGCUGUGCCGCUGUUUAUCUACGCUGCCACUGUGUGUCGGUAUGUUGGCAGCAAAGGAAGCAGUCCUACGGCUUUUCUAAACAAGGUCCUGCAGUAUCAGAAAGCGACCUUCUCGCAGCUAGAACGGACAUACCUCCCUGCGCUUGAUCAGCUGCUUAGUGAGCAAGAGGAAGACGAGAAGGAGACAUGGCUUCAGGCUUUCCGAGAAGUCGUUGGCAGUAUCAUUGUACUCGAAAGCCCACUCUCUACUGUCUCACUUGCCUGCCUGCUCCAAGUCCCGCAAGAAGAGAUUCAGUGUCGACUUGACUCUUUGCACUCUGUGCUUAGUGUUCCCAAUAAUAAAGACGCGCCUGUUCGCCUCUUACACUCAUCCUUUCGCGAAUUCCUUGUUAGUCCAAAAAAACAAGGAAAUAGCUCAUUCUGGGUAAAUAAAGAAAGGACACACCAGAAGCUUGCAUCUCACUGCCUUAGGCUCAUGUCUGGAUCUAGCGGACUUCGUCAGAACAUGUGCAGCCUAUCAGGCCCUGGAGUGCUAAGGGGCGAAAUAGAUGAGAAGACAAUUGCUACUAGUCUGCCAACUGAUCUACAGUAUGCGUGUCGCUACUGGAUUAAUCAUCUUAAGCAGAUGCCAGAAAAGAUUAAGAUGCUGUCUAUAGCAGAAACAGACUGGGACGCGUGUCGCAGCACGCUCGAGGGCCAUUCCGAUGAAGUCAGCGCGGUGACAUUCUCGCCAGAUGGGCAGCUGGUCGCGUCGGCAUCUGACGACAACACAGUACGGCUGUGGGAGACAGUAACAGGGACGUGUCACAGCACGCUCGAGGGCCAUUCCAGUGAAGUCAGCGCGGUGGCCUUCUCGCCAGACGGGCAGCUGACAGUACGGCUGUGGGAGACAGCAACAGGGACGUGUCGCAGCACGCUGGACAGCCCUUCUGCUUAUAUCGAUCAUGUCGAUUUCUCUCCAGAUGGCCAGAUACUCCGCACUGACAGAGGCGAUAUUCCUGUGCCUCAAAAUCCUUAUAUUAUAGGCACUAACCCAAUCUAG